UGGGGCCCGCGCCGCGGAGAGCCGCGAAGCCUCGGGCCCGGGCGGGAAGGAGCCCGGAGAGGGCGCGGCGGGACAGGGGCACCUCCCCUGGGGCCGGGCCUGGGCCUAGGGCGGGCCCGGCGGCGGCGGGGGGCGGGCCCGUGGGGGGGCGGGCCCGGCUGGUGGGUCCCGGGACCCGAGCCGGGGACAGAGCGGUGGCCCAGGGGCCACCCCCGCACCGGCCGGCUCGCUGGACCUGACCGCGCCACGGGGGGCGGGCACGACGCGGUCAAUGACAUCCUCGUGGCUCUUUUCAUUGGGGGCCUCGCCGACACCUCUUGGGAGAACAGGAGAGGGACCGGUGCCCCGUUUUGCAGCCGAGAAAAUCUGAGGCUCAGAUCCGGGAGGGGGUCUUGCCGAAGGGACACCCGGGGAGUUCAGAGCUAAGAAUAUUCUGAAGCCAAGUCAUGGAUACACCUGCACGUAAGGAAAAAUCCAAAGUUAAGGAACCUGUUGGCAGAGUGGAGAAGGCCAAGCAGAAAUCAGCCCAGCAGGAGCUGAAGCAAAGACAAAGAGCAGAGAUCUACGCCCUCAACAGAGUGAUGACGGAGCUGGAGCAGCAGCAGUUCGAUGAGUUCUGCAAGCAGAUGCAGCCGCCCGGAGAGUGAGAUCCCGGGCUAAGCGACAGUGUCCUGGAGGCUUUUAGGGGAGCACGUUCCCACUUUUAAACUGCAAUGAUCAUUUGGAGCCUUACCGAACUAGACACGAGGACAUUUACAUUAUUCCUAAAAUUGGAUGAGUCUGAACUUGUUUGUCGCUUCUGCUACAGUGAUGUCUCCAAAUUGGCCACGUGCUCACUGAAAAGACUUGUUUUACCCUAAGAUAAUAGAUUUUUUAAAAGAAACAUUUUUAUGUUAUUGGAGGGGGAAAAAAAAAUCAGUGUCUCUUGUGAAAUUAAAUCUCUAAAAAUACAAAUAAAAUUAGUAAAAUGUU